AUGCUUACCCCGAGGACUGAGAAAGAGAUAAGGGGAUUCCUAGGUAGAUUGCAGUACAUCAAUCGUUUCAUUGCUAGACUGACAGACAUUUGUGAGCCUAUCUUCCGCCUUCUGAGGAAGAAUCAGCCUACAGUUUGGAAUGAUGAUUGUCAGCGCGCUUUUGAGAGGAUUAAGGAGUGUCUCCUUUCUUCUCCGGUUUUAGUGCCUCCCACACCAGGGCGUCCUUUGCUUCUAUACUUAUCAGUUUCAGACAUGGCCUUAGGAUGCAUGCUAGCUCAACUUGAUGAUUUGGGGAAGGAGCGAGCCAUCUAUUAUUUGAGUAAAAGGAUGCUUGAGUAUGAGUGCAAGUACAUUAUGAUUGAGCGCCUUUGCUUAGCAGUGGUUUGGGCCACUAGGAGACUUAAACAUUACAUGACAGAGUAUUCUGUGCUCUUGGUCUCACGAUUGGACCCGUUGAGGUAUCUAUUUGACAGGCCUGUUCUGACCGGUAGGCUCAUGAGAUGGCUGGUAUUGUUGACAGAGUUUGAUAUUCAUUAUGUCACGCAGAAGUCAGUAAAGGGAAGCAUUGUUGCAGAUCAUCUAGCUUCUUUGCCGAUAUCCGAUGACCGAUCAGUUGAUGAUGAUUUCCCUGAUGAGCAGAUUGUUUCAAUGACUAGUAUUACGGGGUGGCGAUUGUACUUUGAUGGUGCCGCCAAUCAGUCGGGGUUUGGCAUUGGUAUCUUAUUGAUAUCACCACAGGGUGAUCAUAUCCCCAGAUCAGUCCGGUUAGCAUUUUCUGAUCAUCACCGGUUGACGAAUAAUAUUGUAGAGUAUGAGGCUUGCAUUACAGGUUUGGAGACUGCACUUGAUCUUGGCAUUAGACAGUUGGAGAUCCACGAGGAUUCCAACUUGUUGAUUGAUAGAUUCGAUGUGUUAAGGUAUAUACAUUUGCCCAGGGCGGAGAAUCAGUUUGCCGAUGCAUUAGCCACCUUGGCUUCUCUAAUUGUGAUCCGUACGGGGGUGAAUGUUAGGCCAUUGCUGAUUGAGACUAAGUCUGCACCAGCUUACUAUUGUUUGAUUGGAGAAAUAGAGGAUCAGAUUGAGCUGCCAUGGUAUCAUGAUAUUUAUCAGUUUCUGUCAUGCGGCGCUUACCCAAAGUCAACCUCGGCUAAGGAUAGGAGAGCAUUGAGACAGUUGGCCACCAGAUUUGUUGUUUGCGGGGAUGCGUUGUAUAGGAGAUCACCUGAUGGCUUGUUAUUAUUAUGUUUAGACCGUGCAUCUGCAGAUCGAGUGAUGAGAGAGGUUCAUGCAGGGGUCUGUGGCCCACACAUGGGAGGUCAUAUGCUAGCACGUAAGAUCAUGAGGACUGUAUGGGGUAUUGAUAUUAUUGGGAAGAUCUUUCCCAAGUCUUCCAGUGGGCAUGAGUACAUUUUGGUAGUCAUUGACUAUUUCACCAAGUGGGUGGAAGCCACUUCCUAUGCUAGAUUGACAGCGGCCAGGGUGGCCAAAUUCAUCAGAUCGCACAUUAUUUGCCGAUACGGGGUCCCUCACGAGUUGAUUUCUGAUAGAGGGGUGCAUUUCAGGGGCGAGGUGGACACGUUGAUUCAAGAGUAUGGCAUUCAGCAUCACAGAUCGUCUGCGUGCAGGCCGCAGACUAAUGGAGCAGUUGAGGCCAGAUUGAGGGCGGCAGAUCAUGUUCAGGCCUAUCAGAGGAAGAUGACCCGUGCAUUCAGAAAGAGGGUCAAGCCUAGGAAAUUCCAGAGAGGUGACCUAGUCUUGAAAGUCCUCGGGGGAUUGAUCAGCUACCCUAGAGGCAAGUUUAGACCGAGUUGGAGUGGGUCUUAUGUCAUUCGAGAUCUGACUCGAGAGGGAGCUGCCUGGUUGACAGACCUAGAUGGAAAUCAGUUCACAAAGCCAGUUAAUGUGGAUCAGCUGAAGAAGUUUUAUGCGUGA